GAAACCUGCUGUGAGCUUGUCAUGGCCGCUCUCUAUCCAAUACCACUCAGGUACUGGAGCACCACUGCCCAGGGUGUGCACCUUGAGACGUUCCAAGGCUUGAUUUCAGUUCGGAGGUCCACAGCUGCAGGAAAAGAAACCCAGCAAGGGCCUGGUUGAGGAGCCUUCAUUGGUAAGUCAUCGCUUUCCUUACGUAACAUCUGGUCCUGGAUCCCAUCUGGGUACUACAGUGUCUUAGGAGAUACAUAAACUCCUGUCCAGGGCACUAGGGCACUAGGGAGAGGUCACACUACCUUCUUGGUCUCGUGUGUCCUGUUCUGUUUUGUUUGCCUUUUCUGUUUUUGUUUUUGUUUUUUUUGUCCUGAGUCUUCUGAGGUUUGGAUUUGGGGGUGACUGGAAGACAAAAUGGGUAACAAGACUAGUAAACCCUACAUGCAGAACUCCCCACUGCUUCGCUCCUGUCAGUGCCCACCUCAGUCCAAACCCGGACCUCAGCCCUCACCUCAACCCAAACCCUCACCUCAACCCAAACCCCCACCUCAGCCCUCAUCUAAACCCAAACCCCCACCUCAGCCCUCAUCUAAACCCAAACCCUCACGUCAGCCCCAACCCCGACCCCACCAGCUGGAUCACUCCCCACCCUCUCCCCUCCGCACUUCUAAUCGGGAGUUACUUCCUUAUGCUUCAAGCCCUCAGACACAACAGCAGGCUAGGUCCUCCUCCCUCACCAGGUCUCCUGCUGCUGCUCUUUCUAACCGGAACACCCAGGACCCUCCUUCGAGCACCAGCAGGAGGUGUAUAGCCUAUGUACCUUUAACGACCACUGCUCUCUUUGAAUGGAAGAUGCAGUACCCUUCUUUCAGCAAAAACCCAAGUUCCCUGAUCUCUCUAAUGGAAUCUAUCUUCUCCAUCUACUUUCCUUCUCUGGAUGAUUGUCAGGAUAUCUUAGCCAUCUUCUUCACCUCUGAAGAGAGGGACCAGAUUCUGACUGAGGCAAAGAAAGCAUUUUUCAGAAUGGGCACACAGACUGGUAGAUGGAGGGUAGAUGAGGUUGACUGUGUCCUACCUACAUGGAGACCUGACUAUAGGACAGAGGAAGAUAGGAGGACACUCAGAUAUUACCACAGGGCUUUGUUAGAAGGAAUGAAACAGGCAGCCUGGAAGCCCUCUGACUUCCUCAGGCUGAUGUGUACUAGACAGCGUCCAAAGGAAUCGCCUUUCGAGUUUCUUGAACGCCUCCUGGAGGUGUUCCGCCAACACACACACAUAGAUCCAGACGACCCAAUAAACUUCAGGGAGAUUAAUCAAACCUUCAUUGACCAGUCGGCCUCAGACAUACGUAACGCAAUCCAAGAACAGUAUGGAUUUGAAGACAUGACUAGGUCAGAAUUAUUGAAAAUAGCCCAGAGAGUGUUUGACAAUAGAGAGAGCGAUGAAGUGCUGAUUGCAAAAACAGUGAUUAAGUGUCUGGCCGAGUCAGGGUAUUCCUGUGACCCCUUCAGUCGUGGCCAGAGACCACAGAGGCUUCUAAGAGACCAGUGUGCUUACUGCAAGAGAUUGGGGCACUGGAAAAAUGAAUGCCCCUAUCGAAGACGGGUCUGUUCCCGCCGGGGCCAGUUUUAGCUUUAAGAGCAUAGUAGGGCCAUAGCUCUUUAAAAUUAGGCCCCCAGGAGCCUAUGGUAACCUUUUCAGUUGGGGCCAACCUGUAAAUUUCAACUAGGGGCCACCUUCACAUUUGGUAUUUUACAAAAACCCUUGGGGCCUCUCACCAAUCAAACAGUGGAAAUGCAGGGGCAACAGGGGAAGCCAAAACUGUAAACGGGGGCUGGAGAGAUGGCUCAGUGGUUAAGAGCACCGACUGCUCUUCUGAGUUCAAAUUCCAGCAAC